AUGCGGCCCCGAAAUGCGCUGCUACUGCUGCUCGGCCAGGCGGCUGCUCUGGCUCUUGUGAGCGCGGACGAUGACUUGUACACGGCCCCCGACCGCACGGACGCCGAGCAGCCGCUGCCUGUCGUGGACGAGAGCGAACCGACUGCGGGCUUUGGCGCGGCGCUGAGCGAGCAGGUUGCGCGCUCUACUGCGAUGCUGCAGAGCUUUCUGCGCAUGGGAGAGGCCACCGAUGCCGUCGAUGUCGUCCGCAUUGUCGUGAUUAACGCAGAGGAGGAAGAAGAUCCAGCCGCGGCGCGCAAGACGGCGUGUUUGAAGGCGCUGGCGACGCUCCCCGAGCCGAAGCAGCUGCACGAGCAGGCGGAUUCCAUCUUGCGGUACUUUGAGUCGGCGUUUGGCUUGGAGUCGCCGGAGGCUCAGCGCCCAGCGUCGUGUGAGGAUCUCGGCCGUGCAGAGCUGGUGGAGCAGUGCAAGGUUGUGGUGGAUGCCCAAGAUGAGGUGCGCUUGCUGUUGCAUAAAGGCAGGACGGACGAUCAAGUGUGCGACGUGAUGUCCGUUGUCACGGACCUGGUGGCGACCAACGACCUGUCGUGCAAGUUGUGCCACCGGUUGGUGCAGAUGGUGAUGCAGGCGCUCACGCAAGAAGUGCAGCAGGUCCAGAAAGUGCGAGAGAUUAUUGGAGAUUUGUGUGACGUGACAGCGGCCGACUCCAUGUGCCACAAGUUCCUCACGAACUACGACGAUAUCGUCGAGUGGCUGAGGCACGACACCGACCCGGCCGUGGUCUGCUUGCGGCUCACCAUGUGCCCGGUGGAAACCGCUAGCAGCCGUGAGACCUUGAGCUUGGACUCGAUUCUUGACAAGGAGGUUAGCGAACGUUUGGAUGAGGCUGUGGCUGUACUCGACACUCCAACGCGGGACAGCGCUACUGGCGGUGAUGGGAUCUCGGAUUUGGAUUGGAUGUUUGGUGGUGUAGGACGAAUGAUUGCAGCUGACACUGUGGCUACACCUGAAACCCAAGAGCAGAGCAGCAAGAGCGAACGCGAAAUAAUGGAUUUGGGUUGGAUUUUUGGUAAUGAAGUACGUGAAAAUGCAGAUGGAGCUGUGUCUGCACGUGACACUCCCGUGCGGGACAGCGUUAGCGACAGUAUGACCUCAGAUUGGGACGCCAUCUUUGGUGAUAAGCUUCGAACGAUUGCAGACGGAGUUGUAGCUACAUCAAAUGUUCAAGAGCCGGAGCAGUCGUGCUCGUUUUGCACGAGUAUGAUCGGGGUGAUUGCUCAAGUGAGCACUCGAUUUCCCGACCAGCUAUGGAUGGCGAAAGAUCUGUUGAAAAGUGUGUGCCAGAUGGCUUCGCCAGUAGCAAAGUGCCAGUCAGUGGAGGUCAACUUUGACACCGUUGUGGAGCUGGUGCACCAGGGCCAGUACCCGCGUGAAAUUUGUGGGGUGAUCAGCGUAUGCACCCAACAAGCCGCACUUGGCGUGAAGACGACGAAUGACAAGACGUGCGCGUACUGUGAUGCAGCGACAACUCUGAUCGAGGUCAUUUUGCAAGAAGCUCCCGAGCAGAUCAACGAGAUUCGUAACUACGCCGACAUGAUAUGCGAUAUGCUGGGAGACGACAGUCCAUGCCACCGGUAUGUCGCUAAGCUUGACACGGUGAUUGAUUCGUUAAACAAAGGAGAUCACCCUCGCGACAUUUGUAAGGCGCUCGGCUACUGUCCUGGGAACGACAUGAUCGGCCCGUCUGAGUUAGGCGAAAAGUCUUUCAUUGGUAGGGCACAGAGCGAUCGUUUUGGAGACGAUAUCCGUGCGAGCACGAAAGAGCUUGGAGAGCUGGUCGAUAUUGUUGACCAGCUUAGCAGGACGCUUCUGGGGCAAGAGAAUGACGACCUACCGCGCCAACCUUCUAUUGACUAUAACAGCUGCUUUUUCUGUUCACACGUAGCGGGUGUGGUGCACUACGUGCAGGGCACAUCUCCGGAAAAGCUGCCGAUUGUGAAGACGAUUCUGUCGAAUGUGUGCAAGUUGGUGCCCUCAAAAUGUAAAUGCGAUGUUGUGGACGAGAAGUUCGAGGAGAUCGUAAAAUGGGACAAGGAAGGCAAGCGCCCCCACGCUAUCUGCAAGCUGAUUGGGACGUGUGACAAGACACAGGACGAGGAAGAAGACGUACCUGCUAUCGCCGACGAGUUGAAAGCCGUGGUUGUGGCGUCGCAGUGGCCUCCUGGAGAUGAGUCUGAGUGCGCGUAUUGCCAAUUCGCUACCACCGUGGCAAAAAUUGCAGUCGAGCAGUAUGGCGCUGACAUCCGCCAAGUCCGCGCGUAUGCUGACAUGAUCUGCGACAUGCUAGGCGAGGACAAUCCGUGCCACGUGUACGUGAAGCAAAUGGAUUUUGUGAUUGACUCCAUUGCAAAAGGCAUGAGCUCCAAGGCGAUCUGUGUGGGCUUGGAAUUUUGUCCUGCAACGGUCGCUAACGGUGAAGGAAACGCGUUGGCGUUGAUGUUAGAAGAGCUCUCACCGCGCUCAACACCGAUUGACCUCUUGUCAACGCUUAGUGUAUUGGAUGUAAAAUUGCCGAAGGACUCGAUGGAAGGUCUGGGUGACGGGUGUUUCUUUUGCAUGCAAGUGGCACCUGCACUUCAAGUAGCUGUCGCGCAAGACCCCAGCCAGAUUGAACAGACCCGACAGAUCGUCGAGGUUUUGUGCGGAAUGCUUCCGGGCGAUAACCAGUGUCACUCUUUCGUAUCGAAGUUCGAUGCUGUGGUUGAUUCCCUACGGAAUGGAGUGCAGCCAACGUCAGUUUGCCACGAGUUGCAGCUCUGUUUGGCGGACUCCCGUUCUGGCGUGACGGACAUUGCCGUGCCUGAAAUGAUGGCUGUCCAGAAACGUGACAUGGACAGCAGCACGUGUGCCUACUGCAAUGGCGUCGUCAGUGUGCUGAAAAAUGCACUGGACCAGACGCCUGAGCAUGUGGAAGGACUGCACGAGGUUGCUGGCUACAUUUGUCAGUUGCUUCCUGCGAACGACAUGUGCCACAAGGAUCCGGACAUGUUUGCCAAAGCAGUGGCUAGUUUGCAAUCCGGAAAGGAACCUCAAGAGGUUUGUCAGAUGCUCGAGAUGUGUACGCCCGUUGAAGACCGCGACGAGGUGUCCGGUUUGCUUGACUUCACUGGCGGCGACUUCCUGCCCGCAAAAUGCGCGACAUGUCAAAAAAACACGUUGAUGUUUGCAUCGUUGAUUGAUGACCCGGACAGCUUGGCCGCUUUUGAGCGCGAGGUCAGCUCUGUGUGCCGUUUGAUCCCAGAAUCCGCAGAGUGUGACCUCUUGAUGAAGCAUCAAGGUGCGAUCAUUGACUCGCUGAAGAAGAAUGAAGACGUGAACACCAUUUGCACGCGAAUUGGCCAGUGUGCAGCCGUCGCUGUGGAGCAAGAGAAGUCGAUGCCUGUCAGCUGCUUGUUCUGCGAGUUCAUUGCUGACCUCUUGGAACACGCCAAAGACAGCGACAGAGCCCUGAGCGAGGCGAAGGCGACGCUCGAAACGAUAUGCACCAUAUUACCGCCGCAAGCGCGUUGCGACGUUCUUUCUUCGAAAUUCGAUCAGCUAUUGUCGCUCAUGCGCGAGGGCAAGAGCCCGAGUGAAGCGUGCCACGCGGCUGCCCUGUGCGACGCCGAGUUCGUCUUUUCGCCCGCGUCGGACAGCGGCAAAGACCUGAUCGUGCAAUCUUUUGAGGAAGCGCGACGGAGCGUGGGCAACGUGAUGGAGAUCGAGUAA